AUGACCAACUGCUCUCUCGAUGCCUUACCGGGAUCGUUUACGUACCCCGCCGGUCUCAAAUCUCUGAACCUGGCCAAGAAUCAACUGACGCAGAUACCGCCCAACUUGCCCGCCAGCAUUCGCAAAUUAGACGCGUCCAACAACCAACUUGACAACGUUUCCAACAUGAACUGGACGUCCAUGACCGCCGUGUGA